CGAAAAGUGUUUAUGCAAAAUGGACGGCCAACUGAAGCAUACGGGCGAUGAGCAGACGGCUUCGUCGGGAGCAGGCGAGCUGGUCUUUGCUCAGGGCCGACUUGGGAAGCCGCUCCUGCGCAAGCCCACCAGCGCGGCUCCGGCCCUGUUGUGCAGCAUCAGCACCAAGAGUACUCCUAGUCGCCAAAACGGAUCUAAGCGUCGCAGGUCCAGGCCAGUUCCUUUUACCAGCGUCACGAUGAGUGCUGCACCAUCGCCCGCUGCGGCCCCAUCAGGUUCCCCGAAGGUCCCCCUCUUCAUGCUCGCUUCCGCUGCGGAGUCGAGCGUGGCGGUACCUUCUGUGGAUGCCUCCAUGUGGCGCAUAGCAGCGGCAAACCUGGCUGCUGGUGCCACCGCCGGCUGCUCAGUCGAACUGGCCCUGUACCCCAUCGACACCAUCAAGACGCGGCUGCAGGCCAUGAUUGGCGGCGGGGGCCUCAAGGCGCUGCUGGCCUCGGGCGGCGGCAAGGGUCUGUACGCGGGCGUGUGGGGUAACCUGGCGGGUGUGGCGCCCGCCUCCGCCAUCUUCAUGGCCUGCUACGAGCCCACCAAGCUGGCAGUGCAGGCCCGCGUGUCCGAGGACCGGCAGUACCUGGGCCCCGUGGUGGCGGGGGCGGCCGCGGGCGCCGCCUCCUCCCUCAUCCGCGUGCCCACGGAGGUGGUGAAGCAGCGGCUGCAAACCGGGGAGUUCAAGGGGGCGGUCACGGCGGUGCGCACCAUCCUCACGCGCGAGGGCCUGCGGGGCCUGUACGCGGGCUACGGGGCCUUCAUGCUGAGAGACCUGCCCUUCGACGCCAUCGAGUUCGUUGCGUACGAGCAGAUCAAGAAGGCGUACGGAGCUGCCGUACGACGUGAGCUGAACCCCGGGGAGACCUCCCUCAUCGGCGCCUUUGCGGGCGGCUUCACGGGCGUCAUCACCACCCCGCUGGACGUCCUGAAGACGCGGCUGAUGACGCAGGGCGCCUCGGGCCGCUACAAGAACCUGCUGGACGCCACCGUCACCAUCGCGCGCACGGAGGGGCUGAGCGCCUUCAUGUCGGGCUGGCAGCCGCGACUGAUGUGGAUCUCGCUGGGCGGCUUCGUGUUCUUCCCCGUGCUGGAGGCGGCCAAGAAGUUCUACGCGCCCAAGUGAGGGAAGUGGGGUGCGAGGUUGACUGGGAUGCGAGGUUGAGGGGGCUGAGGAGAGUGUGUGGAGGUGUGGGGCUUGGAAAGGUGUGGGGCUUGGUGGAGGGGGUGUAAGACUGGUGGAAUGAGCGUGCAGGGCAGGCAGGUAGGGAUUCCUUGGGGAGGAGCGGUAUGGGGAAGACGCGGGCGGAUUGGUGCUGCUGCUGAGUGUUGGUGGCCACCGAUGUGGGUUGGCUGCCGCUGUGUUGUGUUUUGCGAUCCUGACGCGAUUUGGGGUGAUGGCUUGUGACGGUUGGUGUACCACUGCUGCAUUGAGCGUGUCUGUGCUGGAGGAGAGGUGCGAGACGCGGUGUCCUAUACCAGGUUAGGGUGGGAGAAGAUGCCGUGACAGCAGUACGUGACAGCAGUUAACUCCCUUGUCGACUCCGGACUGCUGCGGUGUGUUGCAUGGUGCGUGACCGCAUUGUGCCAUCCACUGGUGUGUAGUGAUGUGAAGCAGAUGUAUGUGCUGCGGACCAUACUAGACAACCACUGUACCGACCUCGCAAUGCGCAACUCUAAUUGUUAUGUUUGGACCGUUUGACCUCCCGGUGAGCACGAGUGCUAGCGACUGUCUGUCGAGGUGGCCGUACUUGGACCGUUUUGGGCUGCAGGAAUGCGAGUUGUUGCUACUUUUCCUCGUGCACAGGGAGAGACAGAGAUUGUGUACGAUUGACACGUACGUGGACACGUUUUCAACAGGAUUGCGGUAGUAGACCCGUACGGAAGGCAAUGCGCUAUGAUAGUGCUUCGGAAUUUAAGCCUGUUACGAAAGUAGUGUCAUGCUCAGCAAGUCAACCAAGCUGGCCAACUGAUUGCACGUUAUCCAACAGGGAGGAAGCUGCGUACGGUCAGUCUGCUGACCGGUACUGGUUGUACUAGACCACAUGCAAUAAAUACAGUGUAGGCACGUGUUCAGUGUGCAGCGCAAUGCUGUGCUCAAGAGACACGGAUACAUAUAACUACUACUGAUAAGUGGUCCGUGGCGAAUGAAUACAGUUCCUAAGCACUUCUGCAGGAGAGGGAAGAAGCUCCACCAUUAUCUACAGCAACAAUCAUAAGCGCAUCACCAAGGACCCAUGGGUCAAAUAAUUUGUAACCAUUCUGCUGAAA